UGCUCCACAUAAACGUGGAAGUGGGUUGGAGAUGGUCCAGCUACAGGCGUAAAAGCGUUUUCGUUCAAGGUUGUGUUCGCGUUGUCCUGUGCUUUCCGCGUCUUCAGACUGAUCACCAUGCCGAUGCUGUGUGGAGGAACCGGGCCUGCCCAGGAUGCCACUGAAGAGGUGCAGAAAAUCUGCGAGGAGGUGAAACCACAUGUAGAGGAAAAAGCUGGGAGGAAGUUUGAUGUCUUCACAGCAAAGACAUUCACAAGCCAAGUUGUGGCAGGAACCAACUACUUCAUCAAGGUGCAUGUUGGUGGGGAAGAGUAUGUGCACCUCCGUGUCCACAGGGAGCUACCCCAUGCAGGCGGGAAGCUUCAACUGCACAGUCUGCAGGAAUCCAAGGCCCAUCAUGACCCCAUUGGGUACUUCUGAUCACCCAGAGUCACUGUGGAUGCUUAGAGAGCCGUGCAAAGUGCCUGGACCAAAUUUGCCAGCUAGAUUAGGUCUGUAAUUUGUAAAACCACCUCAAAACCUCACUCAAUAUAUUAAGUCACGGAUGUUGUUUCAUUAAACAUUAUGAAUUUAUGAUGCAGUCACAUAUUUUUUUCAAUGCUUGUCUUGUCAAAAGACCUAUAAGAAUAAAUGAAAGAAAUCAAA